AUGAUCCGAGCAUCCGCCCUCCUCACGGCGCUACUGCUUGGAGUCGCCUCGGCUGCAAUCUCAAAGCACUAUCAAGACGCCGACCAUCAUGACUCUCCGUCUUCCCUCCCGACCAAGGUGCUCCACCAGUUCCCUCCGCCUACCUGGAUCGAAAACCUGGCCGUCCGCAAAAACGGACAUGUCCUCUUGACCCAGCUCCGCCCCGAGGCCGCCCUCUUGUCGCUUUCGCGUCCCUGGUCCCAGAACCCCCCCGUCAAGCUGCUUCACAAAUUCCCCUCCGUCAACGGCCUCCUCGGCAUCGCGGAGCCUUCGUCAGACGUCUUCGUUGUUGUGGGUUCCAAUUUCUCCGGCUCGGGCGCCCAGGUCAAUGGUACGGCCGAGACCUGGCUUGUCGACUUCCGGUCCAACGACUACGACCGCGGACCGUUGGUCAAGCAUAUCGCCAAGCACCCUGACAUGGCAUUCCCCAACGGCGUGGCGGCACUGCCAUACGUGGACCACGCAGUCCUCAUUAGCGACUCGGCUCUCGGGCUGGUCUGGCGGCUUUGCAUCCAGUCGGGCAAGGCCAAGGUUGCCGUCAAGCUUCCCGAGAUGGCUCCUGUUCCCGGCUCGCCGCUCCAGAUUGGCGUCAACGGCAUCAAGGUGCUCGACGGCUACCUGUACUGGUCCAACACGUUUGCAGGCAAAAUAUACCGCAUUCGCAUCGACCAGCUGGGCAACCCCGAGCCCAAGGCCCGGCCGGAGCUGGUGUAUCGUGAGACGGGAUACAAUUUGUUCGUCGACGACUUUGCUCACGAUGAACGCGGGUUCUGGGCAACAACCAACCAGCUCAACACCGUAUUCCACGUCGCAACAAACGGGAAAAGUUCCACAGUUGCCGGGUCCAAGGACAGCCCGAUUGUUGCUAGAGAUACGUCAUGCGCUUUCGGUAGGACCCGACGAGAUGGCAAGACGCUGUAUGUUGUGACGGGGAAUGCCGAAGCCAAGGGCGGGCAGAAAGCCAGAGGUGGCAAGGUUGUGGCCAUUGAUACCACGUCAGUUUAUUAG